UAUGUCUCCUGAAUCGCGUUCGAAUUCACAGAACCUUCGACCAACUUGCGGUUAGAGUGAGAUUUGCGGUGGCGUCUUGUGACAGGUUGCAUGUCGGCAUAUGAAAUCUGCUUAGCAAACUGGAUACUGGAUAGAAGUCUAAGACACCAGAUCGAUUCUUAAGGGAGCAAGUGAAGAAAAAUAUCCUGUGGCGUGAGGAUCACACCUCCAUCCAGAUUAUUCCCACAAGACCCUGGAAGAUUCUUUUGACUCCAAAUACACCCUAUUGUUUCCCCCUCCAUAUUAAAUAUCCUGCAGCAUUGCCAACUCCAGGCAAUUGUAUACAUGUUCACGAGACAGAUUGCCCAUCCAAUCUCAAAAAAUGAAGCGUGAGAGAGAUUCCACCGACGCCGAUCCAAAUGCGACAAUCAAAAAGCGCCAGACCUGUGCUACCCCGAAGCAGGACUUCCGGGAUGACCUUUUCGACGCCCAGACAUUGAAAUCAUAUCAGGAUAGCUACGCCAAUUCCCAGCCCUACAAGCAUGGCGUCCUUUCCAACCUCGUGCAACCUACACUUCUCCGCCAAGUGCGAGACGAAAUUCGCAAUCAGAUCUCGUUCACUCCCAAAGAAACCGACAUUUACAAGAUCCACCAAUCUGGUGACCUGGCAAAUUUGGACGGACUCGAUGACGGUUCCUUGAAGGAUCUCCCCGCCCUCUUGAAGCUUCGCGAUGCGUUAUACUCCCCGGACUUCCGCAAUUUCAUCUCGAGCAUUUCUCAAUCGGGGCCAUUGAGUGGCGCAAAGACGGACAUGGCAAUCAACGUAUAUACUCCAGGAUGUCAUCUCCUAUGUCAUGACGAUGUUAUCGGCACGAGGCGAGUCAGCUAUAUCCUGUACCUGACGGAUCCAGACCAACCAUGGAAGCCUGAAUGGGGCGGCGCACUACGGUUAUAUCCCACCCAUAAGGAGAAGCGUGAGGACGGAAGUCAAGUGAAGAUACCCGACCCAGAGUUCGACGUGGUCAUCCCUCCCGCCUUCAACCAGCUGUCCUUCUUUGCAGUUCAACCGGGUGAAAGCUUCCAUGACGUGGAGGAAGUGUACUUUGCCGAUUCCGAAACCUCGGAAGACGAUGGCGGUCGAGUUCGGAUGGCAAUCAGUGGAUGGUUCCAUAUCCCUCAGCCUGGAGAGGAAGGAUUCGAAGAAGGGCUUGAACAACGUCUAGCGGAAAAGAGUUCUCUCGCUCAACUGCAGGGCAACGCCAGCGAAUUCGACCUACCUCAACCUGCGUGGACAAGUUUGGAUGCGAAGGAAGAGACUCUUGUGGAAGAAGAUGAUGAGGAACUGAGCGAGGAAAAUUGCGAAUUCCUGGUGAAGUACCUCAAAGCCGAUUACUUGGUUCCUGAAACGGUGGAGGAACUGAACUCCAUGUUCGUGGAUGAGUCUUCUCUUCGGGUCGGUCAAUUCCUGUGCCCAGCUUUUGAGUCUCGUCUACGGACGUGGGUCGAAAAACGGGAUGGAUAUAGCUCUGGCCAGCGAGCGGGUGAUUUGAACCAUUUCAACCUCUCUCGCCCGCCACAUAAACAUCGGUAUCUCUAUCGUCAACCAUCACAGAGCAGCGGGCAAGAUACCGACGCGCCAUUGGACGAGCUUGUCAAUCAUCUCUUCCCGUCUAGACACUUCCGCAAAUGGUUAAGCCUUGUCACUGGUUUCUCUACCACGGGUCUGGAUUGCCUCAUCCGCAGGUUCCGACGGGGAUUGGAUUACACCCUGGCAACCCAAUACGAGGAGGACGACCCUCAGUUGGAACUAUGCUUGUCUCUCUCUCCAUGGAAGCAAUGGGAAGAAGAGAACGACGAUGAAGACGACAUGGAAGUUGAGGCUGGGGAAGACAACAAUGGUACAACCCAUAAGGUCAAGGAUUCGGCCCAACAACCCAACGGCAAGGAUAAGGAUUCCAACAAACCCGAGAGUUAUGGUGGGUAUGAAAUCUAUCUGGCUGGUGACGAAGAGGAAGAAGAGCAAGACGCGGGUGAGGUGCCAACGAGCAUGACUGGUGCUGGAACGAGAAAGUCUCGGCAAGACCCUGCUAUUUACCGAAGCAACGAUGCCGAUGACGAUGACGGGGUGUUAUUCAGCAUGCCCGCAACAUGGAAUCAAUUAAGUAUCGUUUUGAGGGAUCAAGGCACCAUGCGUUUCGUCAAGUAUGUGAGUCAAGCUGCUGGUGGGGACCGAUGGGAUAUCUGUGCGGAUUACAAGGUGCAGGAUGAUGCAGAUGAUUAA